AUGAGUCAUCCCUGCGUGUCUCUUUUGGCACCACCUGCUCCCCAAGGUCUUGCCCUUCCCCAGGAUGGAGCCCCAGGAGACCAGGCCCUGGCAGCCCCUCUUGAGAUGCUGACAUCCCAGGAUCCAGUGACACUUGACGGUGUGGAACAGUACCUCACAAAAAGGGAGUGGUUAGGACUAGACCCAGAGCAGAGGACCUUGGACUAUUUUGGGAACGUGACCUCCGUGGGUGUCCCGGAGUUGAAUCCAGACCUGGUCCCUCACCAGGUUCAGGGACAAGUACUGUUGGUCUCAGACCCAUCCCUCAUCACGAGUCAAGCUAAGCAUGCCGAAAGCGGCUCAGUGACUCAGAGUGAGAUGAUGAGUGAGGAUGCCCAGCCCCACGCCACGGCGUCCACCAGCUCCCCCAGGGCCAGUAACACCAGCCCCGAGGUCAGACAGAAUGGGGAUGUUGAGGGGAAGUUAGGGAGUCCCCGGGAGCCCCCAAUCGAGCAUCAUUUCACAUGUAAAGAGUGUGGGGCAACCUUCCGCCUGAAAGCCCUCCUAGUCCAGCACCAGAGAAUCCACAGUGAGGAGACAGGUUGGGAAUGUCGUGAUUGUGGGAAGGUCUUCAAGGGUAUCUCAGGGUUCAGGGAGCACAGAAAAAGCCACGUGGUGGUGGUGGUAGAGCCUCGGCCCGGCCCGAGCCAUGCCCCAGAAGAUGCCGCGGAGAAGCAGGAGCAAAUGGAGAAAGAGGCGAAGCCGUUCCAGUGUGAAGAAUGCGGAAAGCGCUUCAAGAAGAAUGCGGGCCUCAGUCAGCACCUGCGUGUGCACAGCCGUGAGAAGCCGAUGGAGUGCGAGGAGUGUGGGCGCCCCUUGAAGGGGAACACCCACCUAUCCCGUCACCAGAAGCUGUCCGCUUCGGAGAAGCCCUUCACCUGCCAGUCAUGCCGCGAUUACCUGGAGCGCCAGGAGCUCCUCCAGCACGAGCGCGUGCACACCAGCCACCUGCCCUUCGACUGCGACGACUGCGGCAAGUCCUUCCGCGGGGUCAGUGGCCUGGCCGAGCACCAGCGCAUCCACAGCGGGGUCAAGCCUUAUGGGUGUCCGCACUGCGGCAAGCUGUUCCGCCGCAGCUCCGAGCUCACCAAACACCGACGCAUCCACACCGGCGAGAAGCCCUACGCCUGCGGCCAGUGCGGCAAGGCCUUCCGCCAGAGCUCCAGCCUGCUGGAGCACCAGCGCAUCCACACCGGUGAGCGUCCCUACGCCUGCGGCGACUGCGGCAAGGCCUUCCGCGGGCCCUCCGACCUCAUCAAGCACCGGCGCAUUCACAGUGGACUGAAGCCCUAUGAGUGUGAGCGCUGCGGCAAGGCUUUUCGCCGCAGCUCGGGCCUGAGCCGCCACCGACGCACCCACAGCGGGGCCCGGCGCUGCGAGUGCCCUGAGUGCGGCCGCGUGUUCAAGCGGCGCUCGGCCCUGCAGAAGCACCAGCCCGUCCACCGCGAGUAG